AUGGCUUCGACGACGGGACCUCUGGUCCUCCCAGGAGACGCGUUAGAUCCUUCACAUAUCCCGUCCCAUCCCAAAAAAGCUUUGCAAUUGGGACCUGGACUGCGGCACAUCCUCCCGAGCACGAUUUUACCCACCGUGGCGGGACAACUCGUCACAGACAGGAGAAAGAACUCUGUGUGGGUUGAGUACAAUGGAGGGCGGUACGUUCCAUCUCAGGGCGACCUGGUCAUAGGUCAAGUCCACCACGGCGCCGCCGAUUUCUACUACGUACAACUCACCCCUCACACUUCCAACGCGUUGCUCCCCGUCCUCGCCUUCGAGAUGGCCACCAAGAAGACGCGCCCACAGCUCGCACCCGGCCAGCUCGUCUACGCACGCGUGUCCCUCGCAAACAAGCACAUGGACGCCGAACUGGAGUGUGUCAACCCUGCCACAGGCAAAUCCGACGGGCUGGGUCCCCUCAAUGGCGGCAUGCUAUUCUCAGUGUCGCUGGGCUUUGCGCGGAGGCUGCUCAUGCCAAAGAGCACUACAGAGGGAGGCGUCGUCGUGCUUGAAGAGCUCGGGAGACUAGGACUGCAGUUUGAGAUCGCUGUGGGACGAAACGGCAGGGUGUGGGUGAGUAGUGAUGCUACAAGGUCGAUCUUAAUAGUUGGUCGAGCUCUGAAAGAGACGGAUGAGGGGAGACUGGAGGUGGAUGCGCAGAAGAAGUUGGUCAAGAAGCUGGUCAGGGAA